CAUUGGAGCCUUGGGGUUAUCCCUGGAAAACAGACAAUGCUAAGGCAUCCCAGAACCUCAGAGUUUUAUGUCCAAUUGCUAGGAGUGUUUCUUUUUAGAUGUCAAAACUAUAUAGGGGAAAGGGUAUCUUCUCUUUGUGCUAGAUAUUUGGGGACUGGGUGACGUGGAAACCUGACUUUCUACUCCUUCUGCCAGUCCCCAACACAGCGACAUAUCUCAGGGUGCAGGACCAGACCAAUACCUCCAUCACCUUGAACUGGACAGCACCCUUGGACCCAGGCUAACCACCCUACACCUACUGAGUUCAGUGGUUCAGGAUGGGCAGCGAACAAGGGACCCAAAACACCUCAAAUACCAAAAUCACCGUGAAGGAAUUGGAAGCUGGGACUUUGUACACCUUUACUGAGGUUGAGAGGAAUGGCAUCAGCAGUAACAUCGAGACGAUUCAUACCUCUGCAGAACCUAAUCCAGUGACAGAUCUCAGAGUGCAGGACAGAAAUACUAGCUCCAUUACCUUGAGCUGGACAGCUUCCCUGGGCCCAGACCAACAACCCUACACCUACUGGGUCCAGUGGUUGACAGAGGAAGGUGUACAAGGGACCCAAAACACCUCAGAUACCAGUAUCACGGUGAAGGAACUGAAAGCUGGGACUUUGUACAACUUCACUGUCUGGGUCGAGAGGAAUGGUACCAACAGUACAAGCAGUACAAUAGACACAUCUACAGUCCCCAACACAGUGACAAGUCUCAGGGUGCAGGAUCUGACCAACAGCUCCAUCGUCUUGAGCUGGAGAGUACCCCUGGGCCCAGAACAACCACCCUACACCUACUGGGUCCAGUGGUUGAGGAAGGGCAGCGAACAAGGGACCCAAAGCACCUCAGAUACCAAUAUCACAUUGAAGGAACUGGAAGCUGGGACUUUAUACACCCUCACUGUCUGGGUUGAGAGAUACAAUGUCAACAGUACAAACGAGACAAUUGAUGCAUCUACAGUCCCCAACACAGUGACAAGUCUAAUGGUGCAGGAUCUGACCAACGGCUCCAUUACCUUAAGCUGGACAGCUCCUCUGGGCCCAGACCAACCACCCUACACCUACUGGGUCCAGUGGUCGAGGGAGAAAAUUGUACAAGGGAGCCAAAGCACCUCAGAUACCAGUACCACAGUGAAGGAACUGGAAGCUGGGACAGUGUACACCUUCACUGUCUGGGUCGAGAGGUACAAUGUCAACAGUACAAACAAGACUGUUGAUGCAUCUACAGUUCCCAAUGAGGUCACUGAUCUGAAUACAACUCAGACCAACAACUCAGUCACCCUGAGGUGGAAGCCCCCUACAGACCCUUACUCUAAUCUCUAUGUAUACGGGGUCCAGUGGACCAGUGGAGGACAGCCCCAGAGGGAGAAAGAUCUUCAAGGAGAUGAGAUUAACCAGACAGCCAAGACCAAUGAGACUUGGUACAUAGUGAAGGCCCUCUCACCUGGGACUCGGUACAACUUCAGCGUGUGGGCAGAGAUCAACAAUGUAUCCGGUUUCACACAGAGCCUCCAAGCAUCCACAGCUCCUGACCCCGUCACCAUCACGUCCUGUGUCAGUACAUCAGGUGGUUAUGGGGUCAUCCUGACCUGGUCCUGCCCCCCCGGAGGCUACGAAGUCUUCAAGUUGGAUGUGGGCGGGAAGAGCUUCCAGGAUAUGUCCUCGUGUGGGAGUGGAGUGUCCUUGUCAGGUUUUCAGCCAGCUCAGUCCUACCUAGCCACUGUCACAACUGUGUGGGAUGGAAUGAGGUCACCACCUGCCUCCAUGACGUGCUACACUGAGAGCACAGGGGUCAUUAUCGGUUCCAUUGUGGGAAUUCUCUUGUUUCUCAUCCUGCUGGGCCUGCUGAUUUUCUUCCUGAAGAAGAGGAAUGAGAAGAGCCAGGAGAAACAGGAAUCCACGGAUCUGGCCUUCAGUUUCCCAGGAGACAUCCUGGCUGAAGAUUUUGCUGAUCAUGUCAGGAGAAAUGAAAAGGACAGCAAUUGUGGUUUUGCAGAGGAAUACCAGCAACUUGCCAUAGAGGGACAUGACCAGCCACAUACGGUGGCCUCAGCUCCAGAGAAUAAUGCCAAGAAUCGCUAUCGAGAUGUGCUGCCCUAUGACUGGUCCAGGGUGCCCCUGAAGACCCUCCAUGGGGAACCAGGCUCUGACUACAUCAAUGCUAGCUUCGUGCCUGGUCUCUGGAGCUCCCAGGAGUUCAUCGCAGCCCAGGGCCCCCUGCCCCAAACGGUGGGCGACUUCUGGCGUCUGGUGUGGGAGCAACAGAGCCACACCCUGGUCAUGCUGACCAACUGUGUGGAGUCUGGUCGGGUGAAGUGUGAACACUACUGGCCUCUGGAUUCUCAGCCCUGCACCCAUGGGCACCUGCAGGUGACCCUGCUGGGUGAGGAAGUGACAGAGAACUGGGCCACGCGGGACCUGAAACUCUUCCACGUGGAAGAGCAGAAGGCUUUGUCUGUUCGUCAGUUCCACUACACAGCCUGGCCUGAUCAUGGCGUCCCCCACUCCCCAGACCCCUUGCUGGCCUUCUGGAAGGUGCUUCGGAAGUGGCUGAACCAGAAGAUGGGAGGAGGUCCACCCAUUGUGCACUGCAGUGCUGGUGUGGGCCGCACUGGCACCCUUAUUGCCCUGGAUGUCUUGCUCCGGCAACUGGAGUGUGAGGGUCUUCUGGGGCCCUUCAACUUUGUGAGAAAGAUGAGAGAAAGCCGUCCCUCAAUGGUUCAAACAGAGGCCCAGUAUGUGUUCCUGCAUCAGUGCAUCCUGCGGUUUCUGCAACAGUCACCCCGAGCCCCAGAGAAGAAGGGAGUCAUAUAUGAGAACAUGGUGGAUCUGCUCUAUGAGAAUGUGGCUGCAAUCCAGGCCCACAAAUCGGAGGCCUAG